GUGUUGAACAGGCCUUCUUCUGACAUCUUGGGCGUUGGUGUCCUAUGUUCAGACCACUUGCAGUUAAGGCUAUUCGGCAGUGAAGAUGGGUGUGCUGGAAGACUGGAGAUUUAUUACCAUGGAUCCUGGGGAACAGUUUGCGAUGACUCCUGGGAUCUAGUUGACGCUAACGUGGUAUGCAGGCAACUAGGUUGUGGUUACGCUUUGGCGGGAAAAAAUCAUGGUCCCUGUGUACGAAGCACUGGAGAAAUUUGGUUGGAUGAAAUGAGAUGCACUGGUAAAGAAAAGUAUCUCUGGAAAUGUCCAUCAGCCCCGUGGGGCCAACAUGACUGCAGCCAUAAGGAAGAUGUGACAGUGGAAUGUUCUGAACACAAAGAAAUGCGCCUGGUGAAUGGAAAUCACAGCUGUGAAGGGAGAGUGGAAGUGCGGUACAAUGGGAGGUGGGGAACAGUUUGUUCCGAGAAACUGGAUGAUACGGAUGCGAACGUGAUCUGUAAGCAAAUGAACUGCGGGUCCAUGGAAUCUAUUGAGUAUGACUCUAAGAAGUAUCUAGAAGGAUCUGAUCCAAUCUGGCUGGACGAAAUAGGAUGUCUCUCGUAUGAGUCGACUCUUUGGCAGUGUCAUGCAGACCCUUGGGGGAAACACGACUGUCAACAUAACGAAGAUGCAGGUGUUAAAUGUAAAGAAGCGAAAAUACCGGAGAGGUCCAGUGAAAAGAUCUGUGAAACACCCUAUGUAUCUCAAGCAGGUAUUUAA